AUGAAACCCUCAAAGGCAUCCCAGCGCUACAGAAGCAUCCGGAGAAACACCAGCCAGCACUAUUUCUACCAGGAGUCCCUGCUGCUCAGGCGAGCGAAGGAGAUCGUGCUGAAGUUUGAAGGGAGGCUGACCCGGACCCGUGGCUACCAAGCAGCAGGUGCAGAGCUCUGGCGGAAGUUUGCUCGUCUGGCCUGUAACUUCAUGGUCAUCUUCAUUCCCUGGGAGAUGAGGAUCAAGAAAAUCGAGAGUCACUUUGGAUCUGGGGUUGCUUCCUACUUCAUAUUCUUGAGAUGGUUAUUUGGAAUUAAUAUUGUGCUCACGAUUAUGACAGGUGCUUUUAUUGUCAUUCCAGAGCUCAUUGCAGGCCAGCCCUUUGGAAGCACAGCCAGCAAGACCAUCCCCAAGGAGCACGUGGCUUCGGCUCAAGACCUGGACACAGUCUGGUCCCUGGGGGGUUACCUGCAGUACUCAGUGCUCUUCUACGGCUAUUAUGGCAGGGAGCGAAGGAUUGGGAGAGCUGGCUACCGGCUGCCCUUGGCCUAUUUUCUGGUGGGGAUGGCCGUGUUUGCUUACAGCUUCAUCAUCCUCUUGAAAAAGAUGGCUAAGAACUCCCGGACCAGCCUGGCCAGUGCCUCCAAUGAGAACUACACCUUCUGCUGGCGGGUCUUCUGUGCCUGGGAUUACCUCAUUGGCAACCCGGAGGCUGCGGAGAGCAAAACGGCUGCCAUCGUGAACAGCAUCAGGGAGGCCAUCCUGGAAGAACAGGAAAAGAAGAAAAGCAAAAACCUGGCAGUGACCAUCUGCCUGAGGGUUGUUGCCAACAUCCUGGUACUUCUCUCGCUCGCUGGGAGCAUCUAUCUCAUCUACUUCGUGGUAGACCGGUCCCAGAAGCUGGAGCAGUCGAAGAAGGAGCUGACGCUCUGGGAAAAGAAUGAGGUGAGCGUGGUGGUCUCCCUCGUCACCAUGCUAGCACCAUCGGCCUUUGACCUCAUCGCCGCCCUGGAGAUGUACCACCCACGAACCACACUGCGCUUCCAGCUGGCAAGGGUCCUUGUGCUCUACCUGGGGAACCUCUACAGCCUGAUCAUUGCUCUCUUGGACAAAGUUAACAGCAUGAACACUGAGGAAACUGCCACCAAAAAUAACACAAGCCACUGGAUAGAGUCUACCAUCUUCUUUGCCACCAGGACGGUCACUGAAGAAGAUAAAUGGUCCACACCUGGGCCUGAGAUAGGGCUCGGGAGAAACAGCACGUGGGGCCCAGACGAGACCAGUGUUCCAGCUUACACCUUGCCUCUCUUGGAGGCCAACAAGACCACCAUCUACACCCAGAAUCCACAAGACCAGUGCUGGGAGACCUACGUAGGGCAGGAGAUGCUGAAGCUUUCCAUCAUUGACAUGCUCUUCACCGUGGCCAGCAUCCUGCUCAUAGACUUCUUCCGGGGACUUUUUGUCCGGUACUUAAGUGACUACUGGUGUUGGGACCUGGAAAGCAAGUUUCCUGAAUAUGGGGAAUUCAAAAUAGCAGAGAACGUGUUACAUUUAGUCUACAACCAAGGGAUGAUUUGGAUGGGAGCCUUCUUCUCCCCAUGCCUCCCUGCAUUCAACGUCCUCAAACUGAUUGGGCUCAUGUACCUGAGGAGCUGGGCGGUGCUGACUUGCAACGUGCCUCACCAGCAAGUGUUUCGAGCCUCCAGAUCCAACAACUUCUACCUGGCGAUGCUCCUGUUUAUGCUCUUCUUGUGCAUGUUGCCAACCAUUUUUGCUAUUGUUCGGUACAAGCCAUCUCUAAAUUGCGGCCCAUUCAGUGGACAGGAGAAAAUGUAUGACAUCGUGUCAGAAACCAUCGAGAAGGACUUCCCCGCUUGGUUUGGCUCUGUAGUGGGGUACCUCAGCAGCCCCGUGGUCAUCCUGCCGGGUGUGUUGCUGCUUUUCAUGCUCAUCUAUUACCUUCAGAGCAUCGCGAGGUCCUUAAAGCUCAGCAACCAGCAGCUCCGAAUGCAGAUCCAAAAUGCCAGAUCUGAAGAUAAGAAAAAGGUCGCUCAAAUGGUAGAAGCCCGGAUCCAAACCCAAGAGGAAAGCAGCAAGAGGCUUCCCAAGGACGGUGACCCCAGCAGCCAGACAUCCUCAGCUCACUCAGCGACGCCCCAAAGCAAUGGCACUGUGGUCAGUUUGGACACAUCCAACAGCAAGAGUGGCAGGGUAGGGACUGUUGGCCAGCGCACGCCCCCGAGUCCCCAGUCAGGCCUCAGCAGUCCCAGCUGGUCUCUUCCUGGCACCUCCAAAUCCAGGCCAGAGCAGGACACUCACAGGCAUCUCCGUGGUUGGUGCGCCAGCACAGGGGACCAGCACCAGGACACAUCCUGCUCGCCCACGCCGCUGGCAAAGCACACCAAAGACAUCCACGCAGAGCCUCUUUUCCGAAAAGACUUUCAGCAGAUCCACGCUGCUCUUUGUGGUCCAGGGCUCUCCACCUCAGUGCCACACGGUCCUAGGUCCCAUGCCCCCAGAUACUACAUCAUUAAUGAACGAGACUCUCGCAAAAAUAUCCACCCAACUCUCUGGCCAGAAAGACAUUUCAGGAUGGAUGCCUUAGGGGACAUCGUUGAGAGGUACCCCAGGAACACGCGACGCGGUGUGUCCCGGGCCCCCCCGCAGGAUCGCUCUCCACAGCUGAGUGAAGAAGAGGAAGAUGCCCCGGAGAGAGAGGUAGUCGAAUGGUCUUUCCACCCACAGCCCCUGACAGGUCUCCAAGGGGCCUUUUAUGUUGGCAAAAAGUCAGAGAGUCAGAGCCUGGGCCCCGAGCACCAGGGAAGGAUGUACUACACGUCCUGGAACUAUGGCUCUGAGGCUCCACUUGACAGGCUGACGUAUGUGCAGAAAAAGCCACGUUCCCGGAAUUUCCAGUAUGCACAGCGCCCCCCAAAGCUCCGAGGCCAGCCCAAGGUUAAGCCAUCCCUCGCAGAAUCUGAUUCCACGUCGGCAGCGUCCAGCAGCGACCAGCAGAGCGGCAGCAAGGACCAGUACCUGCGGGCCACCCACAGCCAGGGCAAAUUCCCAAAGUCUUUGUGCGAGCUGGGCAGGAGGAAGGCCAUGUCCAGGCAGGAGCUGAUUGCUGAUCUGAACGACCUGACUUGUUCCAACGUCUAGGGGUUUCUCCUGGCAUCCCCGUCAGAGAAUCGCGGCCCUGCUGGAUGCCGGUGUGGUCUGACAGCGUACGGUCCCCACCCUUCUGGAAGGAGACACGAACACAGAGUCCUGAGACACAGCCUUACCUCCCUCUUCUCCAGCAGCCGCAUGCCAGUGGGCAGCACCCAGUGCCUCUGGAACAUUAGGCUGUCAUUUCAAAACCUCCAUCCUUUCCCUCCAUUUCGGGGGACACACAUCCGAGGCAAGCCAGACAGCUCAUCCCGAUGGCCGCACCUCUUCUGAGAUGUCUCUGCCCGACCUCCAUCCUGUGUGUGCGCUGCGUGUACCGCCGUGAUGGGAUGUCUGUUUUAGCACACAGAACUCAGUCCUCCCUGAUAAGCAUCCAGGAGGGAUGUGUCUGCCCUUCGAGAUUUCACUGUGCUUCUCUGGCUCACAUGAAUGAUCAGCUUAGGAAUGACAGGAGGAACUAAAAUUUGAGAGCCUAUUUUACUAUCUACCAGGCUGCUUGCACCUCUGUGUUAAUGAUUCAGGGACCCUGGGAUGGGAGGCAGCAGAAUCUUUAAGGUUUAUUGAUUCCUUUAAGGAUGGGAAUCAAUCCGGUUUCAGGCUUGGCUGGACCUGAGUGUCAGGCGUCCUCAGGAUCCUCUGUCUUUUUACCUGUUAGCAUUCCUUGUUGGUUGGCUUCAUUUUCCCCUGCUGGUGACAGGCUUCCUCCAGGCGGUGGGGGGAAGAGCAAUUCACAGCCACAGAAAAUGCCAGGCUUAUGCCACCUGGCUGAUGAGCCUGGGGGAAAGAACAAGGUGUCCCUCCACACUUGGUGCCAUCUUCACCUUUAAAGGCUGGUAUGCCUUCUGUUGGCACCGGGCAGGCUUCUGCAGCAGCGUGGGUCAGUCUGCUGUGGUCAACCGAAGGGUGUCCCCUAUUCCUGUCUCUGAGACCCUUCUUUCCACUCUAAAUUGUGCCUUUCAAUUUUUGUCUCCUCCAUCAGCCUGAGUGCCUGUAGAACAAGGCAUUGUUUGUUUAUGUCUGCAUCCUCAGGAACCAACACAUAAUCAGUAUUGUACUCGGUCUCUAUGGCUGUGUGACACACUUUGUGGUUUAGAGCAACACGCAUUUAUCAUCUCAGUUUCUGUGGGUGGAGGGCAGACACAGCCUAGCUGGGUGCUCUGCUCAGCGUCUCAGGCAAACUGUCACCAGGCAACUCAUUGGAGAUGAGGGGUCCCCUCUGAGCAGCCUCCUGUGCUUAUUGGGAGAAUCAUUUGCCUGAGGCUGUGGGAGGCCCUCUGCUUCCCUGCUCCGUGGCCCUCUCCCCAGCACGGCUGUUUGCACCUUCAAGAUCAGCAAGAGAAGCCCCUUCGGCUCUGAAUCUCCUUUUCCAGGAAUGUCCCUGGCACUUAGAAAAGACCCUACCUGAUCAGGUCAGGCCCACCCAGAAUAAUCUCCCUUUUCAUUACUUCAAGGUUAACUGGUCAGACACCUUAAUUACAUCUACAAAACCAGUUCAUCUUGACCAUAUAACAGAGCCUAGUCAAAGGAGUGAAAUCUCAUCCAGCACGCUCAGCAGGAGAUUACAUGGGAACGGACGUCAGGGAACAGGAAUGCUGGGGGCCGUGUCAGAAUGCUGCCUAACACAGAUACUUGUUGAAUGCCAAUGGGUGGGUGAACAAAAUGAAUGAAUUACACUAAUGAACGAUUGCAAAUGACGGGGUGAAGGGAUUACCAUCCAAGAUCUCCUGCCGAUUCUAACCAGAAAGGAGAGUUCAGUACAAAUAAUGUUGCUUUAAAAACAGACUCAGAUGAACACUCCUCCCCAAAUGCAUGACAAGGUGCUGCAUGUGUGUUCAUAUUUUCAUGAAAUAUGACAUAUUUUCAAUGUAGGUCAAAGCCAUGAUAGAUCCCAGGGGUCACAGUCCGUUCGGGAAGAAACAUUCUGCAACAUCAUGGGAACAUGUGUUUGUCAUAGGGGCACCCACAGUAGCAGGAUAAGGGUCCUCUCUUCCAGGUGUUUAGUCUAGGGCUGAGGCUCAGAGCAACUUGGACACCGAGACAUACUUUGGAAAGGCCCAGCCCUGCAGGAGGACCGUGUGUCCGCAAGACACUCCACCAGCAGGCCAGGCAGGCUCUGCAUCAUUCCCAAGGACACACGAAUGUUGCCAACACACACCCACGGCAGCAGGUGUGUGUAGCACUUUUCCCAGAGCAUAGCUCACCUGCACACCUCACUCAGUAUCGGGCUCUGUCUUUCACCUAGAGAAAUUUGAAAGAUACAGAAUAGUACAAAGCCUGGUGUGAGGAGCACCCCUAUUCAUACUGUGUCAGCCACUGCUGCAAUGUUAUCUUAUUUCCACCUGGUCACUUUGCUAUUAUUAAGAAAAUAUUACAGAUAUCAUCAAAGUGCAAUAAUCCCCACACAUAGAUCACGCUCCUCAUACUGCCAAGAAUUUGGUGUAUGUCCAUUAAAUUGUUUAUAGUUGGGAUGCCUGGGUGGCUCAGCGGUUGAGUGUCUGCCUUCGGCUCAGGACAUGAUUCCGGGAUCCGGGAUCGAGUCCCACGUCGGUCUCCUUGCAGGGAGCCUCCGUCUCCCUCUGCCUGUGUCUCUGCCUCUCUCUCUCUCUCUCUCUGUGUGUGUCUCUCAUGAAUAAAUAAAUAAAAUCUUAAAAAAAUUAAUCGUUUAUAGUUAUAUAUGCUAUGUAUGUAAAUAUGUACAUCUAAACAUCCAUGAACAAUGUGCAAGCAUGUUUUACUCCAGAAAAUACUAUCAAAAAGCAUGUAUCAUCCUACAUCUUUAUGUUUGACGUCUGUGAUAAAAUGUAUCGAUCAAGCUCCCUACAUACUAUUUCACCAUAUGAAUAAACUCCGUAUC